AACACGGAAGAGAGCCCCUUGUUCGAGGGACAUGGAAUACAUAUCCCUGACGACUUGGACGGUGUGCAUGACCGAUUCAGCAAGGCUCAGAAAAACAUCAUUGUCUUCGCAGUGUCUUUUGCAGGGGUGCUUCCUAGUGUUGUUCGUGACUGGGACCUUGUCUCUUCCAUUCCUCAGAUCGCUCAUGACCUUGAUUCAACAAGUGCUGCUGUAAGCUUGGCUGUGAGUUUGUCAGUCUUUGCAAAUGUGAUCGGGUGUUUGGUGUGGGCAGUGUACUCCUCGGUUUGUAGGUUCUCGGUACUGCUGCUUGGUAUGCCUAUCUUAUGUAUAGGAAGCUUCGGCGGUGUAGUAUCGACGACUCUUAUGAGGUUGUUGUUCAGGCGGUUGUUUCAAGCGUUUGGAUGUGCUGGCGGGUUGUCGGUAGGCGCGGCUGCUAUUAGCGACAUCUACAGGGUCGAGCAGCGAGGUACAGCGAUGGGUAUUUUCUUUGGGGUUCGUCUUCUGGGCGUCGCACUGUCACCUAUUACGGGCAGCACUGCAGCACAUCACUGGUCAUGGCGCAGCCUGCACUGCUCGCUUGUACUAUGGGGCUUCAUUGAGAUGGUCUUGCUCUAUCCUUUCUUGCCGGAGACAAGCCACCCCUGUUCAGGACUCACAAAACCGUUUUGGAUCAAUCCUUUCAACAGUCUCUGGCUGCUCCGUAGUCCAAACAUUAUGGCUUUUGUUCUUCUUCUGACUAUGCACUUCCUGAUACCAGUUUUGUCGAUCCCAAUUGCCUACACGAUCGGUGUUCGAUACCACAUAUCUAACGAGGCACUGAUUGGUGUAUGCUUCCUCCCAAGUGGACUCGGAAACUUCACUAUGCACACUUCUGCUUUUCGAGUCGUCUUCUUCUUAUUCAAACAUAAAUUGCCUCACCAAUUGCUGGGCGGUGCAGUCUUGGUCGGAGGACUAUUCGUCCCUUUAUCCGUUUGUCUUUCAGGAUUGGUCACUACAUACAUCGCUGGACCAUUGGGCUUGGUAUUGAACUUGCUUCGUCUUUUUAUGAAUGGCAUCGGAGUGAAUUUUGUUCUCACACCGAUCGGCUCGUACAAUGUCGACGUACUACAAUCACGCAGCGCAGAGGUAAUUGUCGCAGUUACCACUUUCCGCGCGAUCAUUCUUGCACCAGUGAUUGCAGCGGUACUUCCAUCGAUAGAAACGCUGGGCGUGGCAGCGACAAAUGGCAUAGCUACCGUGAUUUGUGCGGCGGAUUACCAUCUCACGAUUCGGUAUGGAGAUCACAUGAGAGCUUGGGUGGACGUCGGACACACUAUAAUCACUAACCAGACUUGA